GAAUUAUUGUGGCCUUUUUACGUUUUAGUCCUUUAUGUAUUGACAAUUUGGAUUCAGUAGCUGAUCGCAAUAUUUGUAUACCGUACGUUCCCCCAGUCAGUGGUUGUAUCUAGCAAAUUCGAGUUUGUCUGAGGGUUGGAGAGUAAAUUUGGCAACGCCUUUUGGCUGCCUUGUAUGAACUUUUCGCCCCUUCCUCACCUACAAAACGGACCCAACACCGAAGCAUCAUCACGUCUUCCUCACACAAGAAUCUGUUGGUUUCUUCUGUUCCUUCAUCUCUUGUCAAAGAGAGGACAUGUGUAGCGGCCCCCGGAAAGUUUCUCCUUCGGCCGGCGGAGAUCCGAAGCACCCUCCGGCGGACGACAAUGUUAUGCUGCUCCUAGAACUUGCUGCUUCAGAUGCCGUCUCUGCCUUCAAGCAGGCAGUGGAGGAGGAGGGAUGGCCGCUCGAUGCCGCCGCUCCCUGGUACGUACGUUCUCCCGGUCGAGGGAUGGGCUACCAGCAGCGUACGCCGCUCAUGAUCGCGGCCCUCUAUGGAAGCAUCGCUGUCAUCGACUAUAUCCUCGCUACACGCCCUGCCGAGGCCGUCCGGAGCGCUGCAUCUGACGGCGCCACCGCUCUCCACUGUUCCGCGGCCGGCGGUGCCCCCUCUUCUCUUGAGGUAGUCAAGCUCCUGAUCGGAGCCUCCGCGGAGGCCAUCGAUGUGCUCGAUGCCAGCGGCAACCGUGCUGGGGACGUCAUCGCCCGGCAGUUCUCUAGCAGCGUGGCUAAAUCGCUUGAAGUCGUCUUAAAGGCCUCGUGUUGCCCUAGGGUUUCAUCGCCGUGCAAAGAAGAGGCGGCUAAACAAGGAGAGAAGAAGGAAUACCCGCUGGAUUUGACGCUUCCGGACAUCAAGACCGGGAUCUACGGAACCGACGAGUUCCGGAUGUAUACGUUCAAGAUCAAGCCCUGCUCUCGCGCUUAUUCUCACGAUUGGACGGAGUGCCCCUUCGUCCACCCCGGGGAGAAUGCCCGGCGCCGAGACCCACGGAAGUUUUCAUACAGCUGCGUGCCAUGCCCUGAGUUCCGCAAGGGAUCUUGCCGUAACGGCGAUUCCUGCGAGUACGCUCAUGGCGUGUUCGAGAGUUGGCUCCACCCGGCACAGUAUCGGACUCGACUGUGCAAGGAUGAGACCGGUUGCAAUCGUCGGGUUUGCUUCUUCGCCCACAAACCCGAAGAGCUUCGGACCGUGAAUCCCUCGGCGGCAUCAGUUACCGGCAUGGUAUUGCCCUCGCCGCGUUCGUCGUCCCCAGGACUCUCUUCUCUGGACAUGGCCACGGCCUUGAUGCUGAUGCAGCAGCCUGGCUCGCCCAUGUCCCCCUCAGCUUCGUCGCCUACAUCACCGUGGAUGAAUCCGUCCGGCGGCGUCAAGACGCCUCCAUCAUUGCAGUUACCUAGCAGCAGGCUGAAGGCUUCCCUGAGUGCCAGGGACAUUGAUUUCGAUGUUGAUUUACUUGGAUUGGAAGGAUAUCAACAGCUGCUCAUCGACGAAAUCACCAAAACUUCCUCACCCCGUGCGACCUGGGGCUUGAACAACUUAGCAGCAGCAUCUCGCUCCUCCGAACUCAGCGAUAUGAUGGGGACUGUAAAUCCAUCGCUGCUAACUCAGUUGCAGGGCAUCUCCAUGAGGCAAACAGCUCCUCAAUUCCAAUCCCCUCCCGCUCUCCAGAAGCACCAGUCGCAGCAUCUCUCUGGAUUCGGUGGCAGCCUGUCUUCAUCCCCGCCGGUGAACGCAACAUCAUCCUUCGGCCUCGACCACACCAUGGUGAAAGCCAUCAUGAACUCGAGGGCUUCCGCUUUCGCCAAGCGCAGCCAGAGCUUCAUCGAUCGCGGUGCAUCUACUGUUCGCCCGUCGACGCUUUCCCCAAUCACGACUCCUGCGGCAGAUCUUGCUGAUUGGGGCUCGCCGGGCGGGAAACUCGAUUGGGGCAUCCAAGGAGAGGAACUGUCCAAGCUGAGGAAAUCUGCCUCCUUUGCCUUCCGCGGCAACCAAGCCGCCUCCUUUGGAAGCGCCUCUGCCACCACUGCAGCCGCCCCACCGUCUGCUAUGAAUGAACCCGACUUGUCCUGGGUGCAGUCUCUGGUGAAGGAUGCUCCUGUUGAACCAAUCGGACAGAGAUUCUCCUCUACCGCCGGCGUGCAGCAAAAUGGCUACCAACUCAACGGCGGCGGAGGCAAGAGCAGCGGUGGGAGCGAUGUCUUCUCUCCAUGGGCGGAGGAGGAGAUCAUGGCGUAAAGCAAUUCAUUGCCAACAAUUCAACGAUAUGAAGGGACUACCAAAAAAUUUUCAAUUUGACAAGUUCUUUUCUUCAUUAUAUCUUUUGAAUCCAAAAUUCCAGAUUAUAAUUUUUAGCAGGGGUGCCUGGAAGAUGCCCGAAGGGAGUCUCAGCUUGUUAAUGGCGGCCUGCAAGUUCUUUCAUUCAUAUAUUAUAGCUCUAAUUGGAUGGCUUAUAAAAUCUAAAUAGGAUAUAUAUGAACAGGAAGAAUAUAACAGAGAUCUAAUCUCUCUUGUUUUAGAUCCUGGUAUCAUCUUUAGCUUCAUGUUGUUAUGCUCAUUUGUAAAUCUAUCAUGAUGCUCAUAAUUUUACUAUUCGCUUUCUAUUCACUGUUUAACAGAUUCUUUUCAGACUUGUCCAGGGGUAAGGCCACUGGAUAUGAGAUGAGUGGGUUGGAUGUAAAUAUAGUAAACAUGUUUUAAUUUUUAAGAUAAAUUCGAUUCCAUUAAUA